AUGGAUAGCGCUGAAGUACGUUAUGGAGUCCCUGAGUGUUUCUGCAUCACGGCUCCUCAUCGUCGAGAACGGUUUGACUGGGAAGGGAAAGUCAGCAACAGCCUUUUUUAUGGAGAAGCAUCCAGCCUUGUGUACAUGAUUGCAAAGCCAAUGAUUUGGGAAGACGACGAGGACAUAAACGCUAGAGUGAGCAAUUCUGUUCAGAUCGCCUCUGAAUCGACAUUGAACGAAAGAGGGAAAGCUGAAAAAUCCAUCUCACGACGGUUUGCCCCUAUUCUGGAAGUACCACAUGAAAUAUUUGGUUCCGUUUUCGAGUAUUUGGAUAUUCAGAGUAUCUUCAACCUCGGGUUGACCUGCCAAGAGCUAUGGCCUUUAUCAAAGUACUUUAUCAAAAAACGACUUAAAAGAGUCUUGGGUAUCUGGGCCGGAACUCCUCUUAUUUGCCCGGGCUGUGAUCAUCCAAAGGGCGAAAGCUUGUACCCUCCCGGCCUUCUAAGCAGAUCGGCAGAGGAAGAAUUGAAGAAGGGGUUGCGCGUCGGAGAGCCUAGCCCUCUUGUAAAGUUACUGCACAUUCCUGGGCACGAAGAAAUUGAGCAGAGAUACUACAAAACGAAUCUCUUUGGGCUUGCCGUCAAACGAUACAAAAUGGUUCCCUUGGCGGAUAUAUCAUUUGAAUCAAUAAUAAUUGCUGCCUCGUAUGCGCCUGGAACGCCUCAUCCCAGAGAUAUGUUCAAAAUUGCGAAGCCAGUUCCUGCCCUCCUCUACCCAGAGGAAGAGAAAUGGAUCCUUCGCAACUUGACUACACGUGAGUUCGUUCGUGCCGAAACAAUCGCCCUAAGGCCGGAGUACAUUCAAGGGCCAUUCAUAAGGGUCAUUGGGUUCCCUGAACUCAUUAUCUCCAAAACCUGCUGGUCUGAAGACCCCAACACCUGGAUCAACAUCCCUAUCAACAAGGGUCCCUGGGCUGGCCAUUGUUUCGAUGUAAUCCCAAUCUCUAAGCUCAAAAAUAUAGAAACAUGGGUCGAUAUCGGUGUCCAGGUCGCCGAGGAGCUAAGGGGGCUGUGUAGGGCGCAAUAUGGGCACCUUUGGAGAGAGAGACUUGUCCAUCGAUUCGAGCGCAAAACGAAGGAUGCUUGGGGCCGUUGGAGGAACGAAACGCUAUGGGAGACCGCGCAGAGACAGGCAAGCUCAAGUCCCCAAGGUUUUUUGGAUUUCUUUCGAUAA